CCCUCAGCAUGUACCAUGGCUAUGGGUUCGUGCAGUAUGACCGUCUAGAAGAUGUCCAGGCCGCUCUGGACGGUGAGAAGGGCCGCCUUUAUAAAGGGUAUAGAUUAGUACGUGAUUCCAUCUUCAAGCAGCUGUUACAGAAGGCUGUUUCUUCAUUGUGGUGAUAUUGGCUCCCACUAGUUCGGGGCAACUUCAGUUUGGUUUGAGGACAGAACGCUGUUUCUUCAGCUCUCUUACUUCUGUAUUUCACUUCAUGGUGUUUUUUUUCAUGGAGAUAACUCAGAAGCCAACCAGUUCUCAAAUUUCUGAUCUGUUGCCUCUAUCUGCAUCUCAGUAACAGUGGUGCUCUGAGCGCACCGUGUUGACUUCAUGAGGAGCUCGUGCUUCAGGCUCCUUGCAUCCUGCUUCCUCCUGGAGGAGGCUGUACAAUGUAAUGCUGCAGCAGUCCCUCGGAAGGCAGUUGCAUGUGCCAUUUGAGAGCCCUUGCAUUACUAUCUACAAGGGUAGCAGCACGCUCCAUUGAACAGGACUGGCUGUGAAUUUAAGACUGCUGGGCACCAGCUUCCUAUCUCAGAGGUCUUCAGACUCUGCUUUUUCUCCUAGAGUCCAUGAGUUGUAAUCUGUUCGCUCAUAGACUGCAGAAGAAAGAGGUCCUCUUAUGGAAUGAAGAGUCUGGAUGUAGACCUGAACAUAAAGCGUUAGAAUGUCACCUGAGCUGUCCACCCUAUUUUGAAAUCAGAGAAAUCCAUGAAAAUUUCAUUACAUUGUACUGUCUAAACUUAAUAAAAAAAAUCGUCAAAGUGACAAUGUCUCUCUGCUGAAUGGAUUUUCUUGCACCAUCUGGAUGUUGUUAAGCUUAAGUUGCUUUCAUUUGAAUUGUGCUGAUGAUCUUUUUUUUGUUCCAUAGCAUUGAACAGAUGGGUUGAUUAUUCUUUACAGAUAUUAAUAAAGCAGCGGAAAGAAGAAAUAUGAAUAAGGCUUCAUCAAGGUCCAGUCCGGCACGAAGAGAGCCAUAUGCCUACGGGGAUGGCCGCGAUGCCAGACGCGAUCGCUCCCCUCUUCGGGGGAGCCCACGGAGAGACCCCAGAGAUGGCAGGGAUGGUAGAAACGGGCGAGAUUCCAGAGACACUCGAGAUAUUCGAGCUAGAGACAUGCGUGAUGCCAGAGACCACAGGGACCCCCGCGACCUGCGAGACCUUCGUGACCCCCGGGAUAUCAGAGAUCCGAGAGACUUGCGGGACCCUCGCGAUGUUAGAGAUUUUCGUGACCCACGGGAGCCGCUGUACGAUCGAUACAGGGAUCCACGGGACAUGAGGAAUCCGCGAGAUAUGAGGGAUCCGCGGGACAUGAGGGAUCCACGGGAUAUGAGAGACCCUCGGGACCCUUUGUACAGACGGGAUGAGCCUUACGACCGCUACCUCCGCGUGGAUGACUACUACCGGCGGAAGGACGACUCCUACUACGACCGGUACAAGGAGCAUUUUGACAGAGCACCGGUGAACUCAGAAGACCGUCUGAAGCGUGAGGAGAGACGCCGAGAGGAGUUGUACCGUCAGUACUAUGAGGAGAUCAAGAGGCGAUUUGAUGCGGAGAGACCUGUCGAUUGUUCUGUGAUAGUGGUGAACAAACAGACAAAGGAGUACGCGGAGUCAGUGGGGCGGAAGGUGCGGGAUCUGGGCAUGGUGGUGGACCUGAUCUUCCUCAACACAGAGAUGUCACUGACGCAAGCCCUGGAUGAUGUGAGCAGAGGAGGGUCUCCUUUUGCCAUUGUCAUCACUCAGCAGCAUCAAGUUCACCGUUCUUGCACUGUUAACAUCAUGUUUGGCACCCCACAAGAACACCGCAACAUGCCCCAAGCUGACGCCAUGGUGCUGGUGGCCAGGAAUUAUGAGCGCUACAAAACAGAGUCACGGGAGAAGGAGCGUGAGGAGAUCGCCCGGCAGGCUGCCAAGAUGGCAGAUGAGGCUGUGCUGCAGGAGAGAGAGCGCCCGCCCCCCAUGGAGGAGGGGGCCAGAGGGGGCCACCCUCCGGGCAUUCAGACCCUCUUGAACCUUCUGGCAGACAAUCGCUAUCUGACUGCUGAGGAGACUGAUAAAGUAAUUAAUUACUUGAGAGACCGGAAGGAAAGGUUACUGAGGGGGAGCACUGAUUCUCUGCAGGCACCCAUGUCAAGACCGUCUCUGGGAGCACCUUCAGCACCAUCUCUGGGCAGUCAGUCCAGCCUUCCGAGCUCUCAGACACAUCAGGGUUCACAGCCUCUGGUUUCUGCUCCUUCUGUUCCGGCGUCCUCUGCUAAUCCUCAGCAGGAGCUCCAGGCAAAAAUCCUCAGUCUCUUCAACAGCGGGGCGGCAGCAGCAGCUGUGGCAAACAGCAGUUCUGCACCCUCUGUGGGCACGUCGGGCGGCACUCCGAGUCAGAACUUCACUAGCAUGACCAGCAGUCAGGCUCGAUCAGCGCAGAUGAGCGCUGGAAAUUUAAACCAGGCUCAGCAGAGAUUGCAAACUCCAAACACGCAGCUUCCUUCUCUCCAAGGCCCUUCAAGAAAUGCAGGUCCGAGACCUGGAGCUCCUCCACCAGCUCAGUCACUUUAUGGUCAGCACCAGAAUCGUCUCCCUGCGCCUGGCAGCGUACCCGCCCAAAGGCCAGUAUCGUCUGGUAUCAACUUUGACAACCCCAGUGUACAGAAAGCCUUGGACACCCUUAUCCAGAGUGGUCCUGCACUCUCCCACCUCGUGAGUCAAACCGUGGCCCAGGGGCGAGCAGGGUCCUCUACCCAGCAACCUAUGGGUUCCUACCAGCGACACUAUUAAAGCUGAGCUGUCAAACCCUUUCCCCUCCCCUUUGUCAUUCCAUAUUUCUAGCUGUUUAAAGAGUCUCCUGUCCUGGACACGGGACAGAUGCCCCUGGAUAUGCAUGUCCUCUCCACUUUGUUGAGAGUGUACUCCCAGUGGCAUUGCUGCUGAGUGUUACUAGUGCUGCCCUUCCUCACCUUGGUCUGGAUAGCAGUGUUUGGAGAAGUCUCUUCUGUUUUCUCAGUGGCCGGAUGCGUGGAGAGCCGCUUUGGGUAUUCACUUGUUCUGUCCAAGCCCAGGAGUUGCUGCAGUGACAGUCCUGCAGUUUCCUCACUCCCGUGAGUGGGUGCAUCUUCACAUUGUGGUGCAUUCUGGUCUUAGUAUAGUUUUGGGCCCGUUUUUGGGAAAAUGAUGCAAGACUGAAAAGAGCAGUACCCUGACUGGGCCAUCUUGGAGUUGCAGGUUUUUGGAAUGGGCACUGUUUCUCUGCGUUUCUUUUUUCCUUUUUUUUUCUUUCAAUGCCAUGUAAGCCAGUAUCAGAGGGGAAAUACAGCGGUAGCACUAGCAGCUGAGCUCACGUAGCAUGUGGCUGCUCCGUAAGCCAGGAGAGUGCUGUUUAGUCCUCCUGCAGCUGGGCUGGCCUGUCCUGGCACAGCGAGGCUAGAGAAAGCUCCUCGCCUUGCCUGCCAUACGGGAACUGACAGUUUUUUUCCUGAGUGCAAUGGUGGAUCUGAAACAGGAGAUCUUCCAGCCGAGGCAGAGAUUUUAAGUGGUCUGUUGAUUUUUUUUUAUUAUUUUUUUUUUCCUGUGCCCAGGUAGUCGAUUUUAAGAUCAAUCUGUUAAAUCUCAUGAAUACAUUUCCUUUUCUUACAGUCUUGCUUUGGGACGGUUGGUUUUGUUGCCCAGCAGCUCAGCACCAGCCACGCUGCUGGGCCUGCCUUGCAAAUACCUGCAGCCAGCUCCCAGGUGGUGAACGUCUGCAAUCUGACACUUCGUUCUCAGUUGGUGUGCUGUCCACCUAAGGUGGAGAAGCAGUGCCAACAUGCAAUACUGUCAUUUCAUGUGUUCUUUCAACACUUUGGUAGCUGCAGUGGACAGUUGAGUGGAGCAGGCAGUGAUUCUUCCCUGUGUUUUUAACCAGCACCAUCCUUUGAUACCGGAACACAAAACUUCUGUGACCGCGCUCUCCUUCCUGGCACAGCCCUCCUGGGCUCUGCGGGCCUCCUGCAGAACCAAAGGAUGCUAAGGAAGCAAUGUUCUUGGAGCAGAGGAUUUUCUUGUCCGAGGUGGUUCGUGUUGUAGCAUUUUUUCUCUCUGUGCUGUUAACAAAAGGACAUUACUUUUUAAUAAAAAGGCAGGAAAGACA